AUGUACAGAAUAGACGUUUCAGAUUUUUAUGACUUCCAAGCCUUCAGAAAUAUGUGUCCAUUUCGAGACUAUAACAAAGCAGUCGAGAAUUUGAAACGUUUAGUCAUUUAUGUCGACUCUGCCCCAGAAUGUUAUGUUAUGAAAGAAUGGGAUGUAGUCUUUAACAAACCAAGAGCGACAAUAGUUUCAGAACAAGAAUGUAAACAGAAACUUAAGAAAAUAAAAGUCGUACAAGUUGGAAUGAAGAUGUUAGAUGCUUGGGAUAUCUUAUUGUCAAAGUUAGAAGAUUUUUCAGUUCGUGGUAUAAAGUUCUAUACACCAUCUCCAAACUUCUAUUCUAUCUUCACUGGAUAUAAAUACGAACAAGUAGAAUGGAAAGAAAAUGUUAUAGAAGCUUGGUUAGACCAUGUCAAAGAAAUUAUAUGCAAUGGAAACGAAAGAGUCUAUGAGUAUAUCUUAUGUUGGUUUGCAAACAUCUUACAACAUCCAAGUGCUAAAAAUGAAACUGCUCUCAUCAUAAUUGGAAAACAAGGAACAGGUAAGAACACAUUUUUUACAGAUAUCUUAUGCAAACUGUUAGAGGGCUAUUCGAACCCUAAUAUGACAAACUUAGAAAACAUCUGCGGUAAAUUUAACUCUUCAAUAGAGAAUAUGAAACUUAUAGUAUGUAACGAACUUCAAAGUAUAGAUACAACAAAAGUUUUGAACUCAGAUGCUUUGAAGAGUCUUAUAACAGACAAAGUUGGAGUU